AUGUUUUACAGCAGAUCAAACCCAAAAUUGUCAGAUUAUUAGAAUAAAUUAAAUACAUCAUAAUUUUCAAAUAAAUCACGUGGGUCUUUUAAAGAAAUUUCACCUGAGACUAGAAGUAAAAGUUUCUAAAUAUAAACUAGAUAUCACUCCUAACAAUUUAAAUAGACCAUUAACUGCUCGUAAUGAAUAUACAAAUCCAUAAAAAGUCAAACAAAUGCUAAAUAAUUUAAUCUAAGGUGAUUAAAGCAAUACCUCAUCUACAAUGGUUGGAUAAAAUAUUUUUCAAAAAAAAUAAAUUGAAAUCAGAUCUAGUAGAGGCGAUAGUUUAUGUAACUUUUUAAAUGAUUUUUAUAGUGUCUAGUAGAAUAAGUAAUUUUGGUAAAUAAUAUAUAAAGUCACCAUAAAAUAAUGAAACUUUUCUAAAAUCUGCUUUCAUAGUCCCAGAUACUAAUAGAGAUUAAGAUAGGAAACCACAUUAAAAUUUGUAUUAUUUAUCGAAUAAGCAAAAUGAUUCUAUUGGUUCAUAGAAAAAAUCCAACAAAAACUCAAAAGUGUUAACAAUUUCUUAAAUUGCUUAAUAAUGUAAAAAAAACAGUAUAACACCAACAAGAUAGAAUACAAUAAAUAAUGAAAAUUGUAACAACUUAAAUAAUUUGAAUUAAAAAAUAAAUAACCAUUAGUAGAAUAAAUAGUAAUAAAUAUUAAUUGCUUAAGUUGGCAGCAAUAAAAAAAAGUAUUUAUUUAUAAAUAAUCUAAGCACAAUAAAUUAUAUGGAGACUUUUAAUAUUUUGAAAUAGAAAUUUGAUUAUAAUAAUGUGUAAUCAAAUUAGAAUUCUGGAAAGAAACAAAAUGAAAAAUCAGUAAAUGUUUCACCUCUUAAAUCACCAAAAUCUAAAAUAGAAAAUACAAAAAUAGCAAGUUCGUAAAUGAUUGAUGAUGUUACUUAAUAAAAUAUAUAUAAAUCCCUUUUGUAUAAGGAACAAUUAUGGAAUGAUAUAAUAAUUUAAUUAGAUAACCCAAAUAAAAUGACUUUAGCAACUAAAUGCACUUAACUUUUGAAGCAAAUAAGAUUGAUAAGUGAAAAAAAUAAUGUAUAAAUUAUGAUUAUGUGCUAAGAGUGAAUAUUUAUUUAGAAUGGAACCUCAUACACUUGAGAUAUUUCUUUACGAAUCUUUUGCUUGUUAUCUUUUAGUUAGUGAUUACUUACAAGAUUAAAUUAAUGAAGAUCAUAAUAUAAAGAAUUUGAUAUAGUAUAUUAUAAGUAGCAAUCUUUAUGUGCUUCAAGUAUUAGAGAAUGCGACAAGCAAUUAAAUAAAUUUGAAUUUAUUAAAAUAGAGAAUAGAUUUAAGAACUUUCAAUAUUCGUAAAGUAUGUCCAAAAGGGAAACAAGCUUUAUCAAAAAAUAAUUUUAUAAUAAAAUCAAUUUUGGGAUUAAUGUACUUUAUUUAAUCAAUAUAAAAGUCUAAAAGGAUUGACGAAAUAACACGCCCGCAAAUUUUUAUGAUUUUAUCUCGAAUAACUACAACACCUGAUUAAUACAUAAUUUAAUAGAAGAAAAUAAACCAAUAGAUUGAAUAAAUAAUGCCACUUGAUUUGGAAAGAGCUUUAGUAGUUUCAAAUAAAGAAUAUACUCUUGUUUUAGAUUUGGAUGAAACAUUAGUUCAUUAUUAAGAAGUAAUAUCAUAUACUAUUUUUAAGUUUCCUAAAGGUGGAGGAUAAUUUUUAGUUAGACCUUUUGCAGAAGAAUUUUUAGAAUCAGUAUCAAAAUAUUAUGAGAUAUUUAUAUUUACUGCUGCACUUCCUGAUUAUGCUAAUUUUAUCAUAGAUAUUAUUGAUAAGAAAGGAGUAGUUAAAUAAAGAUUAUAUAGAGAUAAAACUAUUUUUAAAGAUUAAGUUUAUAUUAAAGUAUUCAUUUCAUUUAUAAAUUAUAAGGAUCUUUCUAUAUUAAAUAGAAGUUUAUCUAAAGUUAUAAUUGUAGAUAAUAUGCCAGAAAAUUUUUAAUUGUAACCUGAAAAUGGAAUUUAUAUUUAAAGUUGGUUUGGAGAUACUAAAGAUAGAGCAUUAAAAGAUUUAUAACCUUUACUAGAAUGUAUAUUUUAUUUUUAUAUUUAUUUUUAGAAAUUGCAAUUAAAAAAUGUAAAGAUAUAAGAGUAGCAUUGAACCAGUUUAGAUAACAAAUGAUUGAAAGAGUUUAAAUGGGGAUAAAAAAUCCAUAUUAAUAUCUUUAAUUAAAUUGA